AUGGGCAUGCCGACGACAGAAAAGGAUCUGUCCCCGUGCGAGGAUGACGGUGCUUCCCAGCAGCUGCAAUUGGCCACCACGAAGUACCCUGAAAAUGGCGAAGCAGCCCCUAAGAGGCUCAACGGCGGGCUCGAGGCGUGGUUGAGUGUGCUCGCGUGUUUCUGUGUAUUUGUCAACUCUUGGGGUCUGUUGACGACAUAUGGCGCCUUUCAGGAAUAUUAUCAAACUGAGCUGUUGUCUCAUAUGUCGCCGUCCACUAUUUCCUGGGUGGGCAGUAUCCAGGCCACCAUGAUUCCCAUGGUCGGACUGGUGGCCGGCCCGCUAGUGGACUCAGGAUAUUUGCGCCCGUUGAUCAUGUCUGGCAGCUUCUUGAUCGUGUUUGGAAUGAUGAUGACCAGCCUCGCAACACAGUAUUACCAAGUGCUUCUGGCCCAAGGCUUCUGUGUGGGAAUCGGCGGCGGCAUCUCGUACAUUCCCUCACUUGUCGUUGUUUCCUCGCAUUUCACGACAAAACGCCCGUUCGCCAUCGGCUGCGCCUCCAUUGGAUCGAGUGUCGGUGCCGUUAUCUAUCCCAUCAUGUUCCGCAAGCUGCAGCCCAGGAUUGGGUUCCCGUGGGCAGUCCGUUGCAUCGGUUUCAUCAGCUUGUUCCUGGCCAUCGUAACUUGUUUGAUUCUAUGCCGGAAACCCGGCGAGAGAACGCGCGCCAGAAGUCUUAUUGACUUUACGGCGUUCCGUGAGCCUCCAUUCAUGCUGCUAUCGGUCUCCCUCACAUGUGUCAUGCUUGCAUACUACGUGCCCAUCUUCUAUGUCGCCUCAUAUGCGCGGACAGCACUGCACACGACCGCCAACCUGUCAUUCUAUAUGGUCGCCAUCGUCAAUGGAUCAUCCGUCGUUGGUCGUGUCGGGCCGUACUUCCUAAUCACCUGGGUUAAACCAAUCUACAUGUUGAUUUUUGCCGCAGCUGCCUCGGCCAUCGCCAUGUUCACCUGGAUUGCGGCCACAAACAUCCCCGGGUUUAUUGUCUGGGCGUGCUACUGGGGUAUUCUGAGUGGUGUCCAUGUCACAGCUCCAACUUCUAUCCUUGCGCAUCCCGUGCUCACGCCAGAUCCCAAUUCCUUGGGUACUCGCCUAGGAAUGAUGUGGGGCAUUUCGUCUUUCGGUGCUUUGGCGGGCACGCCUAUCGCAGGAGCACUGGUGAAUCUUGAUCAGGCCUACUUUUUAAAGGCACAAAUAUUUGCAGGAUGCCUGAUGAUCGGAGCUACAGUUUUGCAGUCAUGGCCGGCUCUGAAGAUCACUUGGUAUGACAGGAGUCACCCUCAGCCAUCGUGA